UCUACACUGGCGUUAGAUCAUACAGAUGAACUAUUAUUCUGAUGCUAAUGCUAUUGUUGUGUGUUUUAACCAGGAUCUGUUUAAAUCGACUCUGAAACCCGUGAGGUCGGCCCUUGAGGAUGGGAGCCUGAAGGUGUCGGACAUCCAGGACAUCGUUCUGGUCGGCGGCUCCACCAGGAUUCCAAAGAUUCAGCAGCUGGUGAAGGAGUUCUUUAGUGGAAGGGAACCUACAAGGGGCAUCAACCCAGACGAGGCUAUAGCCUACGGAGCAGCCGUUCAGGGAGGAGUCCUCGGUACUGACGAAAACAGCAAAACUCCGGACUUGCUAAUCCUCGACGUCAAUUCCUUGAGUCUCGGCAUCGAGACAGUUGGAGGCGUCAUGUCAAAGAUCAUCAGUCGGAACACAGCCAUCCCUUCCAAGAAGACACAGCAGUUCACAACAAUAGAGGACGACCAGGAUGUGCUGGAGGUCCUUGUCUACGAAGGCGAGAGAGCCAUGACGAAGGACAACCAUAUCCUCGGGAAGUUUGAACUAAAGGGAAUUCCUCCAGCGGCCAGAGGGGACCCCCAGAUCGAUGUUACAUUUGAGAUAGACGUGAAUGGUAUAUUGACGGUCACGGCCGAGGACAUAGGAACGGGAAACAAGAAUAAUAUUGUCAUUCAGAAUGACGAAAACAGACUGUCGCCAGAAGACAUGGAAAAAAUGAUUCACGAUGCUGAGGAAUUUGCUGAAGAAGAUAAGAGAGUGAAGGAGAGGACUGACGCGAGAAAUGAUCUUGAUCAUUACGUGUAUUCUUUAAGAAACCAAAUCAACGACAAAAGUAAACUUGGAGGCAAAUUAGGCACUGGAGAUAAAUCGACGAUCGAGAAAGCUGUAGCCGCAUCUAUUAAAUGGAUGGAUAGUCACGAGGAUGCUUCAGCUGAAGACUAUCAGAAACAGAAGACGGAACUGGAGGAUGUCGUCAGGCCGAUCACGAGUAAGCUCUACGAAGCAGCCGGAGAAGAGCCUGAAGAAGAGAAAGAAGACAAGUCUUCCCACCCUCACGAAGACUUAUAACGGAGUGUUUCGAGUUAUCUCCCUUACACCUUGUUUAACGUCAUUCGGAUACACUCGUGUCAUUCCGGUUACGGAAAGGCACGAGUUUGUAUGAAAGAUGUCAGAUAAUGGUGGUGCAUUUUAGACAUUCGUCACCACUCGCCUCUUUCCGUAAACUCCAAGAAGUUGAAUAACACGAGUUGGUCACGAAAGCAUUUUAGAGUUAGUUCCUUUUAGCUGAAUGAUGCGGAAUGAUAUGUAUUCUAAUCGCUUUUUGAAAUGUUACGGUACUUUACUUAAAUGUCACGGUACUUUAUUCAAAUGACACGAUACUUUACUCAAAUAUCAUGAUAGAGGCGAAUAAGAUAUUUUCAUUAUUUAGUUAAAUCUUAAACUUAUGGACUUACCUGUUUUAUCGCAAGGAACAUCUUUACCUCUGAUCCUUCACAUCUUUCAACGACAUUUAGAAGUGAUACACAAAAAGGGAAAAUUCAAAGGUCAACUUCUGUAAAAAUGUUUCUCAUUUUACAAAAGUUGACAUCAAUAAAUUUCCCAUUCCGAUCCGUAACGUUUGAUUUAGUAGUCAUGAAUGUGUAAUGAGGAUGAAGUUACCGAAGACAAUUUCAUGCCAUUUCUUGACAAAUUACAGAUUUCAUGUUUAUUAUUGAGAGUGUCUGAUAUGAAACCAACC